UGCUCAAGCGGUGUGGACAACUAUACUGAUGUAUGCUUCUCAAUGCUGAUUCUUACUUUGUGCGUGCUUUUAACAGUGCAAGUUUGUCCGGAAGAAAAUUGGUUGCCCAACAGGAAAGAAGAACCGCGUCCUGUCAGUUAUUUUUCACAGCGAACCAGGAGCUUGAAUGCAGGUUACGCCACUGAUGGCGAUCCUGCAAUAAACGAUGAAGUCUACCGAAUCUUCAUGCUCACCAUUCUCGACGGCUUCAACAUCUUCAAAAUCAAAAUGUACAAUGACCGUUCGUUCAUCUAUUUGACUCGCCGAAAUUAUUGGUUAGGCGAUCGUUAUUAUUAUAUGGACAAUUAUUAUUACCUUGCCACGCGGGAUACGUGCGCAUACCGUAUGAAUGAGACCGAACGACAACAUCUUUUCUACGAAGAGGACAACAUGCCGAUAUUCGAUAUCAUUUAUCAGUGCCAACGAUAUCAAGAGUACUGCUGUGGCCUGAAUUGCUGCAAAAUUGAUCAAAUCGGGCGUCAUGACGAGCCACCGAAACCCCCAAAGUACCCUUGGCAAGAUCCAUGGCGUCAUAACUCUGCAUCAUCAUCAUCAUCUUCUCUCACUCUAAUUGCCAUACUCCUAAUCUCAAUUUUCAACUCUGCAUAAAUUUGUAUGAAAUU